AUGAAUGAAAGCGGGCUUCCCUUCAAACGACCGGUUGGUAUACAACUGGCGACCGGUAUAGUGGGACCCAGUGUCUUUAGAUCUGCAAAACAUAUUCAUAACUAUAACUCAGAUGAAAGCUGGCUAAAAACGACUGAUGCAACAAUACCUGAAUCAUUCAUGAGUUUCAAUAUUGUCUCUAGCAAUGUUUUGAUUCCCGAUGAUUUGUCGCCAUCUUGGCCCACUACAAAUAUGUCACCACAUUUGCAUGCCCCAGUUGGUAGACGCUUAUUAUCAGAAACCAACGGGUUAACAGAUACAUUCAUCGAUAAUAAUAUAUCGGAAUAUGAUUUAUUGGACGAUGAAAUUGAACCUCAGGAUGAUGAACACGUAAGAGAUUCCCUAUUAUCUAAAUUACAUUGGGGCCGUCUUACACCAUCUCUAUCUAGUACAGGGAGCUUUCAAAUAUACAAUGAUGUCAAGGAUGUGAAUACCAAUAGGAUGUAUAUGUCACCAGCUUCCAGUCCAGUUUCAUUCCAUCAUGAUUAUCUCCCAAGAGGCGUAGUAAGAAGUCUCAGUAAGAGUGAUUCUUCAGUAAGCUUACCAUCAAAACAAGACAUCAAAACUUCAGGUAGAUACACACUUAUUGAUCCAACCAUUAGAGAUACAUUUAUUAUUGGGAAGAUUCAAACUUCAUUUGACAUAAGAAACUAUAUAGAUUAUCAUGAAUUAAUUGCUUACAGUACAGGUAAAACACAUUCUACCUUGCGAUUGUCAAUUUACAAACAUCAGGGUACAAAAAAUUACAUCAAGGACGAGGCUAAUAUUACAGAGAUUGAUUUACAUAGUAGAAUUAAAACUAUCAAAAUUCCUAUUUUAUCCAAGGCAUAUGCACGCUUCUCUGAUAUCAUCGCGGUGAUUACUGACAGAUCAUUAAUACUCAUAAAGAUCAAAAGUAUAGAUUGCAAUAGAGACUAUAGAAUAAAAUAUCAUGUAUUAGAACCAUUAAGUUUUACAUCCUUGGGUGAUUACCCUUGGGCUGAUGUCACUUUCAAUCCGAUGGACCCUCAACAAUUUGCUGUAGUUGAUACAAAAGGAAAUUAUGCUAUAGGUACGAUUCCAUCACCCCUUCGAAAAUCUAACAAGUUGAGUUUAAAUACCAAAAUGAGGGGAACUAUUUAUGACCCGGAGUCUCUGUCCUCCAGGAAACAUAUUUCUUGGUCAUCAAAAGACUCACAAAUAUUGUUAAUGGAUGAAUCGAAAUUGAAAGAGAUUAAUAUUCUUGAGAAAUACCAGUUGGAGAUGGUACAGGCUAAAAGUUGGUCACAGAUACUUGAUUUUUCAGAGAUAGAUGAAGAUUAUAGAAUUAUGCUAACAUCUAUGGAAAUUAUAGUAUUGAGAACGAGCAGAGACUUUGAUCAGACUACAAGAGUAAUGUCUUGGAAACAUUACUUGAAUUCAAAAGACAGAACAUACCGACUGUUCAUACAACCUGUUACUUUACAAGACAAACAAUUAUACUUCACAUAUAUCACAUCAAAAAAUCACAACAGAGUAUAUUUGCAUGGAUUUACACUGAAUAGAAAUGAUAAUACAUUCCAGACUCUGAGAAGUUCUACGAUACUAGAUAUACCGGGCUUAAAAAAUGGGAUUCAAACUUUACAGUUCGUAGAGGAAUCAUUUGAAAAUGUUGAUGAAGGUGAUGCUUUGACAUUAAAUCUCUUUAUCCGAGAAGUUGAUACGACAUCCAUAAUACAUAUGACCGAAAGUAAUGUUCCUAAAUUCAAAUCAAACGAAAGUGAUGAAUCACUGGGGUUACCUGAAACUUCAAAUUAUUUAUCAAAUACGUAUCCUGAACUUGAGUUUCUAACGAAAAAUAUCACCAAAAAUAUAUUCGCUAGUCAAAAGACAAAAAUUAAUUCCAAAGAAUCAAAUGAUGUCCAGAAAUUUGAAGAGUAUGGGUUUCAUCUAUCAGAGGCAUUGAAUAAAUAUAUCACUGAAAAUGAUGAAGAAAAUAAAAUCGCACCUUCAUUAUUAUCAAAGCUUACCAAUACACCAUCAAAUAUCAAUGACAUGGAGGAAUUCUCAUCUUUUUUGUUCCAAUUUCUUGAACAUUAUAAAAAAGAGGAUAUUGACUUCACCGAUCUAACGGGAAUAUUCAAAUAUAUAGUACAGGAGAACACAAAGGAUAUAGAUAUUUUUUACAACAAACUACUAGAGUACUGGAGUAUAUUGGGUCAAGAAGCUAUCGUUUUCACUAAGGAAAUCGUAAAUGAGUUAGUAUGGGGCACCUUAAAAUACUCAAAAACUAGCUCUGCUAAACAACAAUAUGAUUCCACAUAUCAUAAGUUGAAUAGCUCAUCUAAGGACAUUAUCGAUGAAUGGGACAAUUGUGAUAUGACAGAUAGCUUUUCAGACACCAACUCUACUAUUCCAUUUAGUAGCCAGCCUCAAUUCACUUUAAAUACACAAUCCCAAAUACCAACUAUUAGAUCAUCCCAAAAUAGAAUAUCUAAACGGAACUCUACUAGAGGUGGAUUGUCAAGAAGGAUAAUCCGAACUGCCAGUAAUAUUGAAAAUUCUCAACUUGAUUCCGUUAUUCAAAACACAUUACCUUCAUCAAUGGCUCCUGCAUUUACAUUAAUGGGUAGUUCCGUUCCAUCCACACAGUCUUCACAAGUAUCAAGUAUAAUACCAUUUCAAGUCGGCGGAUCACAAAGAUCUAAAAAGAAAAAGAAAAAGGUUGGCGGAUUUAAUUGA